AUCAUCCGUGUCCAGAGAGGAAUUUCAGCAGAAAACAGCUGGCAGAUCGUGAGGCGAUACAGUGACUUUGACUUGCUUAAUAAUAGCUUGCAGAUCUCAACUCUAAGUCUACCUCUUCCUCCAAAAAAAUUGAUUGGAAAUAUGGAACGUGAAUUCAUAGCUGAAAGACAGAAGGGACUCCAGGCCUAUCUCGAUGUAAUUACUACCCAUCACAUACUGUCCAACUGUGAAGUGGUAAAGAAGUUCUUGGACCCAAACAGCUAUUCUGUAAACUACACUGAAAUUGCCUUACAGCAUGUCUCAAUGUUCUUCAGAUCAGAACCAAAGUGGGAAGUGGUAGAACCAUUAAAAGACAUAGGCUGGCGAAUACGUAAGAAGUAUUUCUUAAUGAAGAUUAAGAAUCAACCAAAGGAACGGCUAGUGUUAAGCUGGGCUGAUCUUGGCCCUGAUAAAUACUUAUCUGACAAAGACUUACAGUAUGCUGUGAAACUACUUUCUUCCUGUUCUCAUCCCUAUAUUUACAAAAUUACUUUUGCCAUUGCCAAUGAAUCUUCAGCGCUGGUUAUUAGACCAUUCAGUGAAAAAGGGACACUAAAGGACCUUAUUUAUAAGGCAAAGCCAAAAGACCCAUUCCUGAAGAAGUAUUGCAAUCCUAAAAAAAUUCAAGGUCUUGAACUUCAGCAAAUAAAAACAUAUGGAAGGCAAAUCCUAGAGGUAUUAAAAUUCUUGCAUGAGAAGGGAUUUCCUUAUGGCCAUCUUCACUCUGCCAAUGUGAUGUUGGAUGGGGAUACCUGCAAAUUACUGGAUCUAGAAAAUUCCUUGUUGGGACUUCCAUCAUUUUAUCGAUCGUACUUUUCACAGUUUCGGAAAAUUAAUACUUUAGAAGGUGUUGAUGUACAUUGCUUUGGACACUUACUGUAUGAAAUGACAUAUGGAAGACCCCCAGAUACAAUUCCAGUAGAGAGCUUCCCUCCUGCACCAUCAGUGUUUGUUGUGUCUGUGUUGGAAUCCAUUCUGACCUGUGAAGCUAUGAAGAAUGGCAUGCCAACUGUCUCACGGCUCUUACAGAUGCCAUUAUUCAGUGAUGUCCUGCUAACAAACUCCGAGAAACCGCAGUUUAAGAUCCCUACUAAGCUAAAAGAAGCAUUGAAAACCUCCAAGGAAUGCAUAGAAAAGCGACUAACAGAAGAACAGAAAUUGAUUCACCAGCACAGAAGGCUGACAAGAGCUCAAUCUCAUCAUGGCUCUGAAGAAGAAAAGAAGAAAAGGAAGAUCUUAGCACGAAAAAAGUCAAAACGCUCUGCCUAUGAAAGUGGGGAAGAACACUCAGCAAAAUACAGCAACUCAAAUAACUCAGCAGGCUCUGGGGCGAGUUCCCCAUUAACAUCUCCAUCAUCCCCCACUCCGCCCUCUACAGCAGGAGCAUCGUCGAUACCCCCAGCACCGCCUCCGCCGCCCCUGCCACCAGCAGCUCCUCCUCCUCCGAGUACAGAGGUGCCAACACAGCCAAGCCCACGGCCUGAUGUCAGCACAAGCCGAGGAGCCUUACUCAGCUCCAUUCAGAACUUUCAGAAAGGAACUCUGAAGAAAACACAGACCUGUGACUACAGUGCUCCCAGGAUCAGCUGAGGCCGCUGGGCACACCGGGAUUGAAUUCCCUCUCCCCCUCCUGUGCUGUCUUGGAACAAGACCCUCCUGACCAGCAACUGAUCCACCAGCACCUUGUCACGCUGGAGCUCCAUUUAUUCUGUUUCAGCUUUCUUUGAGUAGCAGCACUGCCCUGGCUGAAUUGUGUUGCCACGCUGCGAUAAGUAGUCUCCAGUCUUCACUUGGUUCCAAGAACAUUACUGUCUAGCUACAGUUUCAGGGGUACAGCAACUUCUAUACAGCUGAAUAAAAAUCUGAGAAUAGGAAUUGCCAUGAUCAUGGUGAAUUAAUGCAUAUUUUUCCUAGCUCUGUUCCGCUCCUUUUUCCAAAUUACAGGUCUGUAGUUUUAGCCUGCUCAGUUUUUCAGCUCUUUUCAUGCACUUGUAACUCAUCUUAAUUCUUGCUGCCUUGAAUCAGCAAGUUUUGUUUUAGGUAAUCCACCCCCCCCAUCCUUAAAUCGUACUGCACAGGUGAGGGAACUGGAGAAUUAAAUCUUAUUCCCACCCUAGUUGCUGGUGGAGUAAAAAUGCUGUCUCAUUAAACUUGUUUAAACGGCCAUCCUCCCUGUAACUCUAAGGGGAAGUGUUUUUAAAUGAGGAAAUGAGUUGAAUGGGGAGUUAAUAGGGCACUGGGAUAUUAUUCUUGAUUUAGGUAAAUGCAAAGUUACUUCCAAAUUAAUUCUACAGCUUAAACUUUAUUGAAAGAACCUUUUUUUGAUUUAAAACCUUAAACAAAUUGCACUUUAAAGGAUUAUAGAUAAUCCAUUUUUUUAAAUUCAAGUACAUCCGUGUUUGUUACUAUGCAGAGAAUGUCUGUACAAAGUUUCAUGUAACCUGUGAUAUCCAGUCAUUUUUAUUAAAAUGUUAAUGGAA